AUUGUACCUACCAAUCUUGUUCACUAUUCUUUCGUCUGCUGCUAUUCAUUUUUCAUACCUAGAUUCCUUGGUUACAAUUCAGUACUACAAUAUAAACCACUAUGGCCUCCCAACAGUCUGAUAGCUUGUCAAUCAUUGACAGCGGACAAUCUAGAGCACCUUGUUCAUCCUCUCAACUCCUACACAAAAAUGCGAUCGCAGAUCAAAGAUAUGGGACUACAAUGAAACCUCACGGGAGACACGUAUUACCAACUCAAGUGGAAAGAUGCUCUGGCGAUGCUCAUAGCAUCGAUAUAAUGUCUUCACAAGCCGCGAAAGUCCUCUCCCAGCAAACCAGCAUUAAAGAAGCUAUGGCCCGGGGCCAAGAGACUAGCUAUAAACGCCGCCGCCUAGCUGAAGAGCCAGAUACGGAGCAUACGAUGGAUCCUGCAGUACUAGAGCACCUUUACGUGCGGUGGAUAAUGUCACAUCACGUGGCAAUCCAGGAGCCAUCGCCAUGGCCGAGUAAAAGGGGGAUCGCCGAGCUUCUUCCCCCUUUCGCCCUAGUUAGUUGAGGGCACACGCAAGAGUAUAAGUAGGGGCGAGCUGGCUUCAAUAG